GAAAAAGAUUAGUCCUCAAAUAGGAAGAAAAGACCAGUAGACGUGGGAGCAGAUCAGUCUCUCUCCCUGUUAACCAAAGAAAGGCAUAUCCUAACCACAAGGAGAAGCUACUUCUGGUCUCUGGGAUUGGCAGAGGAAAAUGAGUGGCAGGACCCGACGCGGUGGGGAAGGAAAGGAGUGGGCUGGCUCCUGCCGCACUGCUGGUGGGAGUGGUAAUUGGGGUCCUGAGCUCACGGGUGACGUGGCCUUCACGUGAGCGGGAGCCGACGUGUGCAGAGUCCUUCUAAUCCUGGUCUUCGUUCGGUCCGGUUGCCAUCUCCCUAUUGCCCCGAGUGCGGGCGGGCCUGUGGCCAGGAAAGGAGGAGGUGGUAGCUGCCCGGAUCCCAGCAGGACCUUGAUUCAGAAAAGCUGGUAUCGGGACUCUCCGAAGUGCUGUUCUAUCCUCCCAGCCAUCCGUCUGUGCCGUGUCGCCUGUCUGUGUCAGUAGAUCUUGCGCCUGAAGGCAAUUCAACCCUAGGAGCUGGAAGAAGGGGAAAAUUGUCCAGAAACAAGUUUGCGGGACGCAGUGCAACAUUGCACUUAAAGGCAAAAAGAAAAGCAAGAAGCUGCCUGGACGUGGGCAGUGUAUGUGAGAACGCCACUGCCCCCAGGACAUCUGGAGGGGCAGGGGAGGUCUGCUGUAUCUGCAGCUGCAGCUGAGCCUGCCAGCUGUAGCUGAAGACUCUCCUCUCUGACGUGGGAGCACUCCUCUGGGCCAGAGCAAGUCUUCUCUGCCUGAGUUCAGACAUUCGGUUCUGACCUUCACCCGAGAAUGGGCCGUACUCGAGAAGCUGGCUGUGUGGCCGCUGGUGUGGUGAUUGGGGCUGGUGCCUGCUACUGCGUAUACAAACUGACCUGGGGAAGAGAUGAGAGUGACAAAAUCUGGGACGACGACGAAGACGACGAUGAGGAGGAAUCUAGUGAUAUUGCAGAGACUCGGGUCCAGACUGGGAAAGGAGCUAAGGCUAAUGCUGGAGCAGGGGCCGGAGCUAGAGUUCAGGGUGACUCAAAGGCCAAGGCUGAAGUGGGCGUGGAACUUGAGAGAGGUUCAGAUGUAAAGGUGGAGGCCCAUCUGGGGGUCCAGAGUGGAGGUGGUCUAGAGGCCAAGGCCAAGGCCCUUUUCAGCACCCUGAAGGAACAGGCAAGCGCAAGGGCGGGCAGAGGAACCAGGUUGGGUACCAUCUUUGGGACCAGGCUCCUUGCACCGAGUUUACCCUGCCCAGGAGGUCGGGGUGGAGGCUGCCACCCUACUAGGAGUGGGGCUAGGGCUGGGAGCAAGACAAGUGGGAAAUCCAAGGGAAGGACCCGAGGUAAGAGCACCAGGACUCCAGCUACAGCUUGGCCUGUUCGCAGGGGCAAGUUCAACUUUCCCUAUAAAAUUGAUGAUAUUCUGGGUGCUACUGACCUUCAAAAGGUCCUUAAUAUCCUGGAAAGAUCAAACGAUCCUUUUAUUCAAGAAGUAGCCUUGGUCACUCUGGGUAACAAUGCAGCAUAUUCAUUUAACCAAAAUGCCAUUCGGGAAUUGGGUGGUCUCCCAAUUAUUGCAAAAAUGAUAAAAACGAAAGAUCCCAUUAUUAGGGAAAAGGCUUAUAAUGCUCUUAAUAACUUGAGUGUGAAUGCUGAAAAUCAGGGCAAGAUUAAGACGUAUAUCAGUCAAGUGUGUGAUGACACCGUGAUCUGUCGCCUGGACUCAGCUGUGCAGAUGGCUGGACUAAGACUGUUAACCAACAUGACUGUCACUAAUCAUUACCAACAUUUGCUUUCCUAUUCUUUUCCAGACUUUUUUGCUUUGUUAUUCUUGGGGAAUUACUUCACCAAGAUUCAGAUUAUGAAACUAAUUAUAAACUUUACUGAAAAUCCAGCCAUGACAAGAGAGCUGGUCAGUUGUAAAGUACCAUCAGAAUUGAUUUCCCUCUUUAAUAAAGAAUGGGACAGAGAGAUUCUUCUUAAUAUCCUUACCAUAUUUGAGAAUAUAAAUGACAACAUAAAAAACGAAGGGCUUGCAUCAUCCAGGAAAGAAUUCAGCAGAAGUUCACUUUUUUUCUUAUUCAAAGAAUCUGGAGUGUGUGUUAAGAAAAUCAAGGCAUUAGCAAAUCACAAUGAUCUGGUGGUGAAAGUAAAAGUCCUGAAAGUAUUGACCAAACUCUAACUGGGGGUCUGUCGCAAACAAUAUGGAGGUUAUUUUUUUAGUUUGCACUUGGGAACAAUGCAUUUUGUAAAUUCUUUGUUUUUCACUGUGCUUAUAUGGCAGAGAUCCUUUCAGCUUCUAUUUUGGAAUAAUGAAUAUGACAGAUCAUCAACAGUGAUGCUGAUUGUGAUGGUUGGUUUUAGGCUGGACCAUUCUAAAGACGCCAAAUGAAUACUAGAGCUUGUACAAAGAAAGCAUUUAUUGAUUCCAUCUUGCUACCUAGAUUGAGAUAUUUUUACUCUUUCCUCUACCUAAAUGGACAGCAAACUAAUCAUGAAUAUGCUACACUUUUGUAUUAGUUUACAUUUGUUACUCUUAGACUUGUGUUUAAUCAAUAAAGUUGUGCCUUUUAACUGGCAAAAAAA